UUUCAACAUUGACCCAUUAAAUAGUUUUUCCCUCUAUAAAAGGAACUUGAUAAACAAAAAACGUAGAAAUUGAAAGAACUUGAGCUUCUGCAUUAAUGGCGUCUAUACCAGGGAUUCUCACCGAUUGGCCAUGGAAGCCUCUCGGAAGCUUCAAGUAUCUGGUUUUGGCUCCUGGUGUGAUUCACAGUAUCUACCAUUACAUGACGAAGGACGAAACAGAGAGAGACAUUUCAUAUCUUCUGAUUUUUCCUUUUCUUUUGUGGAGGAUGAUCCAUAGCCAAAUGUGGAUCUCAUUUUCUCGUUAUCAAACUGCAAAAGGCACCGCACGGAUCGUCCACAAGGGCGUAGAAUUUGAACAAGUCGACAGAGAACAAAACUGGGACGAUCAAAUACUGUUGAAUGGAGUGUUGUUUUACAUAAUCAGCAAUUGUAUUGAGAAAGCUUCAAAUCUUCGUAUGUGGAGGACAGAUGGAGUGGUAACGGUGUUUUUGCUACACGUAGGACCAGUGGAGUUUUUGUAUUAUUGGUUUCACAGAGCUUUGCACCAUCAUUAUCUCUAUUCUCGCUACCAUUCCCACCACCAUUCCUCCAUUGUUACAGAGCCAAUUACAGCUGUGAUUCAUCCAUUUGCAGAGUUAUUAGCAUAUUUCAUUCUGUUUGCCAUACCUUUGAUGGUAACAGUGUUGAAUGGAUCAGUAUCAGUGGGAGCUUAUUUUUUAUACAUUACUUACAUUGACUUCAUGAAUUAUAUGGGACAUUGCAAUUUUGAGUUCAUCCCUAAUCGCCUCUUCAUUCUCUUUCCUCCUCUCAAGUUCCUCAUCUAUACUCCAUCGUUUCACUCGUUGCAUCACACUCAAUUCCGAACCAACUACUCCCUUUUUAUGCCUUUUUACGAUUACAUCUACGACACAAUCCACAAAUCUACCGAUGAUCUGUAUCUCCAAUCCCUUAAAAGAGGCGAAGAAGUUGCUGACGUGGUCCAUCUGACUCAUCUCACAACUCCGGAUUCCAUCUAUCCUCUACGGCUGGGAUUUGCCGAGCUGGCAUCCAGGCCCCACACUUCCACGUGGUAUCUGUCUUUACUGUCCCCAGUCACCAUGCUGCUGACGUGGAUAUAUGGCCUUACAUUUGUUGUUGAACGCAACCAAUUUGAGAAGCUGAAGUUGCAAACAUGGGCUAUCCCUAAGUUUGACGUUCAGUACUUACUUCAAUGGCAAACCAAAUCAAUAAACAGCUUGAUUGAAGAAGCAAUAACCAAUGCCGAUCAGAAGGGCUGUAAAGUCUUGACUUUAGGCCUCUUGAAUCAGGCAAGCAACUCAUUUCUUCAAAAAUCCCUUCAUUAUCAUAAAAACCCAAAUAACAAAUUCAAUAUACAUAAUUUGCAGAGAGAGGAGCUGAACAAUUACGGAGAGGUUUAUAUUCAAAGAAACCUUAAACUUAAAGUGAGGGUUGUGGAUGGGAGUAGCUUGGCCGUGGCUAUAGUGGUUAAUAAUAUUCCCAAAUUUGCAACUCAAGUCCUCCUCACGGGAAAAAUUACAAAAUUGGCUUUUGCACUUUAUCAUUCCCUUUCCAAAAAGGGCAUUCAAAUUGCUGUUUUGAAUCAACAACAUUACAAAAAGCUCAACAAUAAAGCUUCCAACAACUUUGAAGAAGGCAGUCUAGUUCUUGCAAAAGGCCAUUCUCAUAAUAUAUGGUUGGUGGGAGAAGGACUUACUGAUGAAGAACAGCUUAAGGCUCCAAAAGGAACGACUUUCAUUCCCUUCUCGCAAUUCCCUCCCAAGAUUGUACGCAAAGACUGCUUCUACAACUUCACCCCUGCAAUGGAGGCUCCUCCUUCCCUUCAAAAUAUGCACUCUUGUGAGAAUUGGCUGCCGAGGCGAGUGAUGAGCGCAUGGCGCAUUGCUGGUGUGGUGCAUGCGAUGGAAGGGUGGACCGAGCACGAGUGUGGCUACACAAUGUCCGAUAUCGAGCGAGUUUGGAAGGCAACAAUUGGACAUGGGUUUCAGCCUCUACACACCAUUGCCUAUGGUUCCUCUUAGUUUGUAGAUUCGAUAUUUAGGUGUGUGUAUGCAGAUUUGAAUAAAUGUGUGAGUUUGUAUGUUCUUAAAUUAGCAACUUUUGGUCUUUGUGGUAAGUAAACUACUUCCGUUGUGUUCAAAAUUAUCGACAUAAAGUCAUGGUUUUAAAGUUUA